GAGACAUGAGAGAUAUCUCUCUUUAAAAAACUAUUUUCUAUUCUUUUCAUCUUCUUUUUCGUAUGCUCAUACAUACUAUAGAAUCUGCCCAUUAUCAUUUGUUUUUUUAGAUUAACUUGUACUCUCCGGUUGAAUUCAUGUAUGGCUACUCGCCACGAGAAGACAAUGUUAGUUUGAGGGAAAACACCCCAAUUCCUGGGUUCUACAAAGGGUUGUGAUGUGAAAACUUCUAGCGAACGUUAGAUGAGGACUCACAUGAAAAACUUAGUUUCAAGACUCUCUGUACCUACAUGGAUCACACACCAAGUAGUUUCUUGUGGCUAUAUAACCAAAACCGUUCAUACCCAUUAUCAUUCCCUUGCCACCAAGCAUGAGAACACCGUUGUACAAAAAGACAUUAUUCCAUAUGGUCUUGAUCCAACCACUUUUCAAGUUGCCUGCCACAUGUUUGAUGAAAUGUCUGACUUGACUGUUGAAUCAGCCACCACCAUAAUUUGCGGCUUCGCCAAGCGGCACUGCCAUGAAGACGCUAUUCAUCUUUUCUCAAGAAUGCUUGCCUCCAAAAUUAGACCCAAUGAGUUCACAUUUGGGACUGUGCUUCACUCCUCCACUGUACUCAGAAAUGUUGUUAUUGGUAGGCAGCUUCAUGCUUGUGCAACAAAAAUUGGCCUUGCUUCUAAUGUAUUUGUUGGUAGUGCACUUCUUGAUUUGUAUGUCAAGUUGAGUACUAUAGAAGAAGCCCAGAAGGCUUUCGGAGAUACCCAACAUCCCAAUGUGGUGUCUUAUACAGCUCUGGUUUGUGGGUAUUUGAAGAGAGGUAGGUUUGAAGAUGCUUUGCAGGUUUUUCAUGAGAUGCCUGAGAGGAAUGUUGUCUCGUGGAAUGCAAUGGUUGGUGGGUGCAGCCAAACAGGCCAUAAUGAAGAAGCUGUGAAUUUUUUUAUUGACAUGCUUCGAGAAGGAUUUAUUCCCACUGAAUCUACAUUUCCCUCUGUCAUUACUGCAGCUGCAAAUAUAGCCGCCCUUGGAAUGGGGAAAAGUUUCCAUGCAUGUGCUAUCAAGUUUUUGGGUAAGCUUGACGUGUUUGUUGGUAAUUCACUUAUCAGCUUUUAUGCAAAAUGUGGAAGCAUGGAAGACAGCCUCCUAAUGUUUAACAAGCUUUUAAAAAGGAACAUAGUUUCAUGCAAUGCUGUGGUAUGUGGAUAUGCACAGAAUGGAAGAGGUGUUGAAGCAAUAAGCUUUUUCAAAAAAAUGGGUUCUGCAGGAUAUAAACCCAAUGGGGUUUCACUUCUUGGGCUACUCUCGGCUUGUAAUCAUGCUGGUCUUGUUAAUGAGGGCUACUCAUAUUUCAACAAAGCCAGGCUUGAGAGCCCUAGUUUGCUAAAACCUGAGCAUUAUGCUUGUAUGGUUGACUUGCUUGCACGCUCUGGGCGUUUUAAAGAAGCUGAAGAUUUCCUUGCCAGUAUACCUUUUGACCCUGGAAUUGGGUUUUGGAAGGCGUUACUUGGAGGGUGCCAAAUCCACUCUAACAUCAAGUUGGGGGAGCUUGCAGCAAGCAAGAUUCUGGCUUUGGAUCCUGAUGAUGUAUCAUCAUAUGUGAUGCUAUCAAAUACUCAUUCAGCAGCAGGUAGGUGGUCAGAUGCUUCAACUCUAAGGACAGAGAUGAAGGGAAAAGGGAUGAAGAGGAUUCCAGGUUGCAGUUGGGUUGAAGCCAGAGGCAAAAUUUGUGCUUUUCUUAAUGCAGACCAGAAUAAUGAUAGACGUGAUGAAAUUUAUGUGCUACUUAGGUUUUUCUAUGAUCAUGUAAGGGAUAAUGAGGUUUCGGAAUUGCUCAACAUUCAUUGCAAUUUCAGUUCAGCAUAAGUAAUGCGCAUAGUUCUUUUUGAUAUAGGCUUUUGCCAUUUUGAGUUUUAAAAGGGUUGAGUUUUAUUUUCUUGUAUACUUGAGUAUUAUUUUUGUUCAGCAAGAUGAGCCUGGCCAUUGUGCUGCUCAGAAAUAGAAAAACCUUUACCAGAGCAAUUCUGAGGCUAGUUACUGAAGUUGUAAGUUGUAACCAAAGCUAAGGAUGGCGGAGUUCAUGACAA